AUAAUCAUAAACCAUGAAAACUCCUUCAAAUUCAUCUCAUCUAUUUUUCUCUCAUCUUAUUCUCCUCAUCUUGUCAUGCUCAUCAGUAGCUAUUGCUGAUAAGCAAGACAACUUUCUUCAAUGUCUCUCCAAAACAACAAACUACUCCUCCAUUUCAAAUGAUGUCUACACUCAUGCAAACUCAUCUUACACUUCCAUCCUCCAAUUCUCCAUCCGAAACCCUAGAUUUGCGUCGGAAUCCACUCCUAAACCGCAAGUGAUCAUAACCCCAGAACACGAAUCCCAGAUCCCGCCAGUCGUACGCUGCGCCAGGAAAAGUGGUCUGGAAAUCAGAACAAGAAGCGGCGGCCAUGACAUGGAGGGACUGUCUUAUGUCUCCCAUGUCCCGUUCGUGGUCAUCGAUUUGAUCAAUCUCAGCGAAGUUACUGUCGACGUGGAUGAGAAAACGGCAUGGAUUGAGACCGGUGCGACGACGGGAAUCGUAUACUACAAGAUUGCGGAAAAGAGCUCCACUUUAGGGUUUCCCGGGGCUAUUUGCACUACAGUUGGUGUCGGUGGCCACUACAGUGGAGGAGGCUACGGCACAAUGCUGAGAAAAUACGGCCUCGCUGGAGAUAACGUCAUAGAUGCAAGAAUAAUCGACGCCAAUGGCAGAAUCCUCGACAGAAAAUCAAUGGGAGAGGAUCUAUUCUGGGCCAUCAGAGGCGGCGGAGGUGCCAGCUUUGGUGUGAUCACUGCCUGGAAGGUCCAACUGGUGGAUGUUCCAGAAACAGUCACUGUUUUCUCAAUCACGAGGAAUGUGGAAAAACAGAACGGCUCUGCGUUGUGGCAUCGCUGGCAAUAUGUGGCUCCUCGAGCGGACAAAGAUUUGUUCGUAGGAGUUAUCGUAUUCAGGGUGAACUCCACGGUCCAAGUUAAUUUCUUCUCAGUUUUCCUUGGCGGUGCCGACAGAUUAGUUUCAUACAUGCAAGAAAUCUUCCCCGAGUUAGGGCUAGUGAGAGAAGACUGCACAGAAAUGAGCUGGAUCGAAUCCACCUUAUUUAUCAACCAAAUGCCAAUAACUCCACUUGAUACUUUGCUCAACCGGACUCAGGCCGGUCUGAGGCAGCUCAAAGCCAAGUCGGAUUAUGUAAGGACACCCAUUCCUCUGAACGCGAUUGAAGGCAUGGUGACUAUGUUGCGUGAACCAGAAGCAGACGAGACGAUAUACUACAUGGUGCCGUAUGGUGGAAGAAUGGAUGCAAUAUCAGAAUCGGAAACUCCAUUUCCUCACAGAGCCGGUGCACUCUACAAACUUGCCGGCUUGACUUACUGGCAAAACUCUGAGGCUGCGGACGCGGACAGAUACAUAAGCUGGAGCCGCAGGUAUUAUCAAUACAUGACUCCUUAUGUCUCGAGCUCGCCCAGGGAAGCCUACUACAACUACAGAGAUCUCGAUAUUGGAGUGAAUAAACCUAAUGGGAAGACAAGUUACGCACGCGCAAGCAUUUGGGGGAAGUCAUAUUACAAGGAUAAUUUUGAUCGUCUUGUUCGGGUGAAAACAGUUGUUGAUCCAACGAAUUUCUUCAAGAAUGAACAGAGCAUUCCGCCGUUGCAAGCUAAGUGGACUAAGAAAGGGAAUUGAGAUGUAUUCUGUGGUUAACUGCCAACUUGUUUGAUAUAUGAUGGUUGUUUGAUUAUUCUGUUACAUUAUUUUCUAACAAUAAUGUUUG